AUGCGCUUCUACGCCUCGCUUUCUCUAGCCUUUGGGCUUGUGGCUGCCAGCCCAUGUUCGACCGCUGACUCUGUGACUUUCUCUUCUUCUGCAACCCACAUCUUUAGCACGUUGGCUGAGUCCGUGACCUCCACGGCCGAAACUCUCGCUACUGAAACUUCAACUGGGAUCGAAUCUGAGACAUCGACUGCGAUCGAAACCACCGUUGCUGAAGUCUCUACCGAUGCCACCAUCUCGUUUUCUGAGACGUCGUCUCAGGAGACCUCAGGCUCGACGCUGUUCACAUCAGUAACUUCUGCUGACACGACCACCGCCGCUUCAACCGAGACAACAGCUGUUGAGACGUCUGCAGCUACGACGACCGCAGCUGAGACUUCUACAGCCAUUGCAACUACCACCACAUCAGAAGAACCUGUCCCCACGGACCAUCUCCUCAUCGCCGGUCCAGGCUCCGUCCAAGGCCUCCCCCUCAAAUCAACGACUACAAAUGGCGAUGUAAUCACCUUCGCUGACCGUACAUCAAAAUGGACAGUCGGUCGCUUCGUCGUGGAUGACACCACCGGAUACCUCACCCGAGACGGCAUCCCCAUCUGCGCAAAGUACGUUUUGAUGAAUCGAUACGCCGCCUUGACUCCUUGCUCAGCCGAGUACUACCAGUACGGCACGGCUCGUCUUGUCUGUGCUCGAAACCCUGCGGCUGGUACUGCUCUUCAGUGCUCUGCUGUGAAGUUGGACUGUGUGCAGAGCGGACCAGGUGACAGCCAGAGAUGUACUGUUUCUACCGAGGCCAAUUGGACCAAGUUCUUUAUCAACCCCGACAAAUCUGUGUACCUCGGUGCCGAAGAUUUGGUAACGACGUUCCUAGAGCCUGUCGACAUCUUCGUUGAUCGAGCCCCAACUGUCGUUACCCCUACGGCGCCUUAG